CGUGGUUUCCUCUCUCACACAAAAAAAACGUGAAUUGGAGUCGACGAGGGGCGGCGUCACCCCUCUGCCGGCAGCAGGCGGAUCGCCGAAAGAGGGAAGGAUAGAAAACUAGAGAGAGAGGCGGAGAGAGAGAGGAAAACAUUUCUCCCGAUCUGAUCCCGCCAUAGUUUUUCCCACUCUUCUGCCAUAGACCCAUCAUCAGACCCAGUCCAACCCACCUCCUCCACAGCGCGAUAGAGGCUAUAGGCUGCUGCUUUAUUCGUCUGUUGGGGCCGGCUGCAAGUCAGGGGGUUUCAUUUCUUCUCCUGCUCCACUUAUUCAACUGGAUUUACAGCAAUAUUCAACGUUACCACCUGAUUCUACUUUUUUACAUUUUUUUUAUUUGAAUUUGUCAUCGUGAAUUCAAAUUUAUUUCGUACUUUUGUCCUCUAGCGUGAUUUACACUUUCUGUUUGAGUGGCAAGUGUGACAAUAUCUUGUUGCGCUAUUAGCACAUUCAGCAGAAACUUUUUGCUGGCUCCAAUCUUUAGUUAUUCUGGGCUUUGUUUUUUGUUUUCCUUUUUUGGGCUCGGGAAAACAAUUUCCACAAUGCACAAGCUAUACAUUGGGAAUCUAGGCGAAAGCGUGACUGCCGAGGACUUAGGAAAAACCUUUGACGAACACAAGAUCCCAUACACCGGACAGUUUCUAAUGAAAACCGGCUAUGCGUUUGUGGAUUGUCCGGACGAUCACUGGGCCAUGAAGGCUAUCGAGACAUUUUCUGGUAAAGUGGAACUUCAUGGGAAACGUAUUGAGGUCGAACACUCCGUCCCCAAGAAGCAAAGAACCAGGAAACUCCAGAUCAGAAACAUUCCACCUCACCUGCAGUGGGAGGUGCUGGAUGGACUCUUGGGCCAGUGUGGAACCGUAGAAAACUGUGAACAAGUCAACACAGAUAGUGAGACCGCAGUGGUUAAUGUUACCUAUGCAACCCGCGAACAAGCCAGGCAAGCCAUCCAGAAGCUGAAUGGAUACCAGUUUGAAAACAAUGCCCUGCGUGUCUCCUACAUCCCCGAUGAAACCUCUGAACUGGAGGGAGGCCAGCGGGGGCCUGAUAACGGCCGGCGACCUGGCUACGGGCCCCGGGGCGGACCCCGCGGUGGGUCCCCAAAUUCUGGGAUGCCCUCCAAACCUCCACAUGCCGACAUCCCUCUGAGACUGCUGGUGCCCACACAGUACGUUGGCGCAAUCAUCGGCAAGGAAGGAGCCACCAUUCGUAACAUCACCAAGCAGACACAGAGCAAGAUUGACGUCCACCGCAAGGAGAAUGCAGGUGCUGCUGAGAAGCCCAUCAGCAUUCACUCUACCCCUGAGGGCUGCUCAGCUGCCUGUCGCAUGAUCCUGGACAUCAUGCACCAGGAGGCCAAAGACACUAAGACUGCUGAUGAGGUCCCUCUGAAGAUCAUGGCUCACAACAACUUUGUUGGACGGCUGAUUGGGAAAGAGGGACGCAACCUGAAGAAAAUUGAGCAGGACACGGAUACCAAGAUCACCAUUUCCCCUCUCCAGGACCUGACGCUGUAUAAUCCAGAGAGAACCAUCACAGUUAAAGGCUCCAUCGAAGCCUGCUGUCAGGCUGAGGUGGAGAUCAUGAAGAAGGUCAGAGAGGCUUACGAGAAUGACAUCGCAGCGAUGAAUCAACAGACACAUCUGAUCCCUGGCCUUAACCUGGGUGCUCUGGGCCUUUUCCCUUCUUCCUCCAAUAUGCCCCCACCACCACCUGGAAAUGCAGUUGGUGGCACCCCCUACGGCUGCUUUGGGGCUCCAGAACAGGAGACGGUCCAUGUUUACAUCCCAGCACAGGCGGUGGGAGCAAUCAUUGGAAAGAAAGGACAGCACAUCAAACAGCUGAGCCGCUUUGCUGGAGCCUCCAUUAAGAUCGCACCAGCUGAAUCUCCAGACUCCAAAAUGAGGAUGGUGAUUGUGACAGGACCCCCUGAGGCUCAGUUUAAGGCUCAGGGCAGAAUCUAUGGCAAACUGAAGGAAGAGAACUUCUUUGGGCCAAAGGAAGAAGUCAAACUUGAGACUCACAUCAAGAUGGCAGCUGCUGCUGCAGGAAGAGUGAUUGGCAAGGGAGGCAAGACGGUGAACGAGCUGCAAAACCUGACAGCAGCUGAGGUAGUGGUUCCCAGAGAACAGACACCUGAUGAAAACGACCAGGUCAUCGUCAAGAUCAAUGGGCAUUUCUAUGCUAGCCAGCUGGCCCAGAGAAAGAUCAGAGACAUUCUGACCCAGGUCAAACAGACACAGAAAAGCGGAGUUGGCAUGGGCCCUGGCCCUCACUCGCCGGGCUUCACAGAGAUGGGCAGACCUACGCAGGGACUGACUCAGGACCACCAGCCACGCAGGAAGUGAGGGGUCCCCGCACCCUUCUCACAUGCCGCGGGCCCCCUGCCUGACGGAAGGACAGACAGACAGACAAAUGCACGAACGGAUAGACGGACGGAUACAUGAGAGCGACACACGGACCCAGCGAGAGACAGGGAGAGAUAUAAAGAGGGAGAGAGUACGCCCAAUAAUCACAGAGAAAGACAAAGAACAAA